GGACCAUCCCGCAGACCGAACUGUAUCCUGGGAAGUCCCGUCAGCAUACAAGGCGACGCCAACAUACGUCCUGUUGGCUGCGUGUCGCGCCAGUGAGAAAGCCAAGGAAAUGCGUUGCUCAUACAACCCACCUGGAGGCGGGUCGCUAGAGAACGUCCGCGGCGCGUUUUCCGCUAAUCUGAUCCGGACACUACGCAUCACUGGGAAGGAGAGGUUGGGAGCGCUCACGUAUGCGCAUUUGAUGGACGAUCUGCCGCGUCGUGCGAUUCACCCAUUCCCCUCGCUCCUUGAGCAACACCCGCAGUGCGACGGCAUCCACAGUGAUAGGGUGCUCUUCAGCACGCGUCGAAUUCCGGAUGCCCCCGACUCAUUCAUCCUGAUCAGACAAGGGCACACUUGGCGCGUGCAAGCCGGGACAAUCCAUGGAAUUACCGAGGGGACACAAUUCGCUUUAUCUUCAACGCUUUCGGGGAUACAAGCAAAAGGUGAAGUGAAACUCGAGGCGGAGAAUGUGUGGCCAACGACAUGCGAGGCGCCGUGCAGCUCGGCCGGUGUAGAGCUCGAUUCCUCGAUCCCUCAGCGAGUGGUCGUCACACAUUGGAACCAGCCGAUUUCGCUCGCCACGCGCGUGUAUGUCCGUCGCACCCCCGGGGACGAUGGUCUUGCUAUCAAUGCCAGGGCGCUCUAUCGAGUGACGCAUGACGAGUCGGACGCCCGCGACCUAAUCCUAGGUGCCAUUCCGGGUGGUUGGCGUCUCGAGAGGUUCGAUCCACUCGUCACACAUUUCUACGGCAGCGCUCGUGUUUUGGAGGUUGCUGGCAGCUCGUCGGCGCAUGCAACACGCGUUCUGGACGCGGUUUCCCGUUUCAACUUCCAUCUAUACCGGUCUAAUGUGGACGUUGCAAUCGACAAGGAACUCUGCCUAACCGUCCAAAUGCACGCUCUGGAGGAAGUGGUGGAGAUGGCCUGCGCACAUGGAAGCAGUCGCACAUUCAUCUCGGCCGCGGAGAAGAGGUCGCCCUUCGCACUGUGGAAAGCAUGACAUCGAUCUGCUGCCAACACUGUGACGUUGCUUGCUGCUCUAGGAAUGCUGGUGGCCAAAGGAGGGCUGACUGUGGUCACUUCCAUAUGUCAAAGCCUGUGAAGGAGGCGGUGAUAACGGACUGCGAUCGCCUCUACGGCUUCACGGUGGUCAACGAUUCGGCGAUUGAUCUCUUUCCAUAUGU